UUGUCUUGUAGUUGGCUUCUUAAUCCGACCCUCCGGGAGUUGAGAGAUCCGACUCGGCUCUUCGCGGUACUUUCACAUAAAUGUGAGUUUCGACCAUUUUAAACGAACGGAGCCAUGAACGGGAGCACGAAUCCGCUGCUGGACAAAGAGGAGCAUGUUUUGAAGCUCGGAGAAAGCUUUGAGAAGAGGCCAAAAUCUUCUUUUCACACUAUCAGAUAUGACUUCAAACCAGCAUCUAUCGACACGAGCUGUGAAGGAGAACUACAAGUUGGAAAAGGAGAUGAAGUCACCAUAACGCUACCUCACAUUCCAGGCUCCACGCCUCCAAUGACAGUAUUCAAAGGAAACAAGCGGCCGUACCAGAAGGACUGUGUGCUUAUCAUUAACCAUGACACCGGGGAGUUCGUACUGGAGAAGCUGAGCAGCAGCAUCCAGGUCAAGAAAACCAGGGCGGAGGGCAGCAGUAAGAUCCAGGCCCGGAUUGAGCAGCAGUCAGUUCGGUCCAGUCAGCCCAGCUCUCAGUUUCGGGCUCCGACCAAGCCUGGGGCUGGGAUCAAAACCUCUCCCUCCCCAUCUAAGGAUAAUCCCUCCCCAGAGCCGCAACUUGAUGACAUCAAGAGAGAGCUGCGAGCGGAGGUGGAGGUGAUAGAGCAGAUGAGCAGCAGCGGCAGCAGCAGCUCCUCUGACUCAGCCAGCGCCUCGGGAAGCGGCGACGACAGCAGCAGCAGCGACGGCGAGCACGACGCCCCCCGACCACUCAGCCAGACCUCCCCCAGCCGCCACCCCAUGGCCAACGGAGGAGCCGACCGGCAGCAGGGCAACAACCAGCUCAUGAACACACUCCGAAAUGACCUUCAGCUCAGUGAGUCCGGCAGCGACAGCGACGAUGACUGAGCUCUCCUGGUCAGUCUCUCUCUUCACACUCCUCCUACUUUCUGCCUGGUUCACUUGUUCCUUUGCUGUGAUAGCUGAUCCCAGCUGUAUAUCUUGGUUUGACUGUAUUUUUUUAAAUUUUAUUUUAGUAUAUCCUUAAAGCUGGCCUGCUUGGAACUUUGAGAGUGUAUUUUUUAUUAGAUGUAUAUUUUGUUUUGUAUAGCAAAACUUCAGAAAAAAAAAAACUAAUUUUACUUGAGAGGUUUGGAAGAAUAUAUAUUAGAGUGCACAUGCAUAUUUUCUGUACUUAGAGAAGCUAGUUUUAUCUACUUGUAUCAUCUGUUUUUGUUGGAUUUUUGUUUUAUGGUAAGUCGAGCAAGAUGCCGAUCUCGAGAUGUCGCUCCGUGUUCCCUCCCCUUGUCUUGACAUUUGUCAGAGAGAGCUGUGGGAGUCUUCUCUGCAACGUCGUGUUUUUAUCAGUUUACUAAGCAUACAACAAAAAAAAAAAAAAGCAGAAUUGCACAAAUAUCCUGCAAAUGAGCAACACAUCAAAGAGAAAAAGAAAAGCCGCUUUGCUAUCUGAGAUGGGUAUUGAGCGCAAAGAAUCAACUUUACUUUGUGCCUUCCUAGUCUCAACUUUAGGUGGCUGUUUGCUGUUCAUUUUAGAAAGUAGUCUCAGUAAAGGUCGAGCUAAUGUUAGAUGACCUUCAUUAAAGAAUUCGGAUGGUGUCAUUCUACAUUUUCCUUGCAGUCAACAAAUCCUAUGAAAAAGCAAAACCAACAAAGUGUCAGACGAUCUCUCAAUACUUCUCAGCGACACGUCAGAACUGCUUCACCAAUAUAUCAUUUGAUUUGUUUUAAAGGAUCAGUAAGGCCUUCAAACAACUGGAAAUGCUGCAUUUGUUGGGAUCUAUUUUGAGGAUUUGUCCAAAUUUGGUGAUCUGAGCAGGCUAAGCUUUGUUUUUCAGAUUUGUUGACAACAAGAAAAACACUAAAUUUCACCAGGUUUUCUUUUAAAAACGUGCAUCAAUCACAGAAGAAUUUACAUAAAUUAUGUGUCAAGUUGCUGCUCUGAGGAUUUUUAGGGUCUGGCAAUUAGGAUUCAAGACUCCUCUUUUGUUUUACCUUGUAGGAAACUAGAGGUGACACAUGUUGCUGAUGUUUUGUGAUUUCUUUUUCACCACAAGGGGGCAGAGAAGACUCAUAAACAAACGCAGAAACAGGCUUGUAUCGACUAUGCUGGUAUGGAUAAUAUGUUAGCAAGCAAUUGAAUGUAAGUGUAGUAUUCACUCCCACUUUAGCUCUGGUUUCAUUCUCUAGAAAUCUAUCAGCUGCUAGAUAUUUCUUUUUCCUCACCAGCUACUCAUUUACUUCCACUGUCUGUCAUGUAGCAGUAGACAUUAUUCUCUCUUAGCUGUUAUUUUCCUCAUGCAGCAGCAACAGUUUCAUACAGGGAUGUAGAUCAGAGCCUAAGAAGCUCAAACAAAGUAUUUCUGAAGCUGGAGAAUCAAAAAUAAAGAGCUAAGAAAGCUCAAGAAGUUCAGUCAAAGUGUAAAAUUGGCUGUUGUUGGCAGUAUUACCAAACCGGAUGCAGCUGUUUGAGUGUAUGCUGAUUUUCCUGCAUCUCACAGAUAAGACAAAUGUAUUUUCUGAGCUCAGUUACUUUCAGUGAGAUGGUCAGGUGAUAAAAGCUGACACAGAGUAGAAUCAGUGACAGCAAUGUUUAAAAGAAUUAUGUUUUUUAAAUCCUCCACUGUCAGUUAGUGAAACAAUAACUGAGCAGUUCAUCUAAAGGGUUGAGAUUUAAAAGGGGCGUCGGCGUUUGCGAGUACAAAAAUUCACUUAUCUGUUGUGAAAAAACCAAAAUAUGCAGGGUUUAGUUUGCAAAGGGAAGUAAGUUUCCCAAAGGGAUUUAGUUUCCUUUUUUUUUUCCAGAAAUGCCAAUUUUUGGUUUCAAAUUUAUUGUAUCAGCUACAUCUUCUAUUUUUUUAAACAGAGAACAUUUUAUUUUCGGUUCAGAUUUUUCAUACACUAUCUAUAUCAUAGUACCAUCCCAUGCCUUACAGCAUUUCAGUUGGGAAAUUUAGGUGAAUGUGUCGUUUUCUUAAAAUGCCAAAGAGUUGAACUGCCCCUCAUCACGUGCAAGAUGUGCAGGAAUGUUCAUGGUGUUACAUCAGUGUGUUGUUGUAUUCAUUUUACUUUCAUCUCAGACUGCUUUGUGAGUGACUUUUCCCUUUAUCUGCCAGAGACACUGGUGCUAGGAAAUAUCAGUUGGUAUUGCUUGUAUGGCAUAUUAUUAUUAUUACUAUUAUUAAAGCAGUGCAACAACCUGAAGUCAAAAACAAGACAGAAGAGUUUCAUUACAAAAUGAGCAGAAUCAACUUUCACACUGACGUUCAAAUGUUGGUUUUUCAUUUGUGUUCUUCACUGUGACAGAUGAUCUCUUCUUAUUAGACGGCUAAUCUGCUUUCUAGUAAACUAAGAUUUUUUUUAGUUUAAGGAACAAGUGUGUAUGUUUAGUAGGAUCCAGGAGUGAGGUCGCAGAUUGGAAACAAAUAAUAUCCAUCCAUUUUGAAGCAUGUAGGAGGGCCUGUGGUGGCUGCCAGAGAGGCUCCUUUACUUGCUCCCUCUGUGCACAUGAGUGGCUUCUUCUCAGCCAAUGAAACCACAGCGAUUCAUAGGUACAGGUGCACGCUAAUAAAUAAAUAACUAUGAAUAUUAUAUCCAGCGUCUGCUAAAGGAUCCCUCUAACUCGUACUCACUGGCCUUUCAAAAUAAGAUAAAAGAAGAAAUACUUCAUCGUCCUUAACACGUGCUGCACAAACCUUGUGCCGAAUACAUGACACGGAACAGACACAAAGUCAUGAUUGUACUCCUAACAUGAAGAGCGUACACUACUUUAAAUUAUUAGUUUUAAAUCAUCUUAAGUCAUCUUUUUCACACACGGUUUAGGGAAUAUCAACUAACUUAGCAGCACACUUUUAGCGUGUAUGACCACAACUCAAAGCAUCUUUUUAGAUUAAGUAUUUUCUGCUAUUUAGUCCUUGCAGCCACAGUAACCCUGUACUGCUGAAUCACAGGUGACCUGUAGCCGCUGUGUAGUAAUGGACUGAGGCUGCUGCUGGUGCUCUGACGUGCCGCUUUCUUUAUGAGACACUUGUAGACAUGCCGCUAGAGAUGCUUGUCUGCAGAGGGACAAUAACAGAAGAGAAACAAGUGCGUUUUCAAUCAAACCAGCUGCUCCCUAUAUAAGUAACACUCUACGGUGGACUGUAAAUUGAAAUCCCAGAUCCUUGAAGCAGGUAUUACAGGCAGUAAACAGGCAAUGAUUUCAGAUGCAGCCUUGGUUACAUUUCUUGCACAGCCACAGGUGUUUUUACUUUGCACCUAGUUAGACUUCGACUCCAUUUGGCAUCUGCCUCACUCACAUUUUGCACCUUUUAAAGUUAGAGUACGUGAAAUCACCAAGAGAAAGCAAGAUUUGGAAAGCACAUGAGUACGGUGGGUUCCUACUGGAAACUACUUAGUCGUGAUCACAAGACAAGACAAAUGAUGAUUACCUGUCCAACAGAAGAGCAGCUGACGUCACUUUUCAUGCCCUUGGACUCCUGCAGCUGCUGUCAGUGUGGAAAUAGAAAGAUGAGAAGAUGUUGCAGGUUUAGGUGUAAAACUGAAACACAGCAGCAUGGUCCAGCUAGCCUCGUAGACUCUGGUGAUGCACAAUGGUUGCAUGGGCAGAGUGAAUGAAGUUAGGCUGAACAUCCGAUCAUUUCUUGCAGGAUGGAUGCAAUGAUUACCUAUUAUUAGGUCUGUCACUGCCUCAGAUUACUGGUUUAUUUAAUUGUCAGAGCAGUUGAUUUAUUGAUUGCUGUUGGGAUGUGAGGGAACCUUAAACAAAUAGGACAAACAAUGCUUUAAGGUAGGACAAACGUUACCUGAGACGGGUGACCUCAUGUAAUUCCCAGCGUAGCUCCAUCUAACUUUAAUCUGACAGAGUUCCAUCAUCAACCACAUUUAAAAAAAAAAAACAAAACAAAACACGUGUUUGUGUGUUUAGGGGCUUGCAAAUGGAAAACAGCAACAUUUCUACCAAAUUAAAAUGAGUGAAUUUACUAAGCUUUAUCUUGGUUUUCUGCGAUCCAAAUACUAUUAACUGUAUUUUGAACUAUUUUGCACCAACUUUACAGCGAUGAACGUGUCGCAAUUUUGAAAUGAAACUCUUCAAUUAACAUUCAGGGCAUCCAUGUCCAAUCAUCUGCCAUCACACAGCAUCCAGCUGGUGUUUUUGGUGUUCCUUAAAAAGAUCUUCUGAUGGAUUUCUGUUUUCAUUAACACUCACUGACAUAAUGCACUGUGCUAAAAAACCCAUCAGAUGUUCUGCUUCUCAGAUUACCACUUAAGUAUUUCUUCUUUUGUGUGGGAAUUUAGAAACGACGCAUCCCUCUGGUGCUGAUGAUCAGUUUCUCAACCCACCCCAGCUUACAGUUGUCCUCCUGCUUUUAAACAGCAGCCGUACAGGAAGUUAAAGCGGACGAUAAAAACCGUAGAAUGAGUCAAACCACCGAAGCAGGUGGACACAAAGGUCUAAUUUUCCACUCUGGUGUUUUUCCCUUGAAAGCUGUACAACUCUUGAAACGUAGUUUUGUUGUCUCAUGAUCUCUGUUGUAUUUGGUGCUUUAGUUUUUUUAUUUUAGGGCUAUGUUUCAGUGAACUAUGUUUGUACAAAUUUGAAGUGUAUUAAAGGUGUGCAAAUGUA